GCUAGUUAGUAGUUACUUCCUUAUAUGCAAUUCUUUGUAUGUUUUUGCUUUGGGAAUUGGGACUUGAGGUUUUGGGUGCUCUCCUGGCCUAAAAACCUCAAAGAUUGAAGCUUUGUCUUUUUUUUUUGUCGCUGUUGUUUUUAAUCUUGGUUAGAUUUUCGGUUUUUCUCCCUUUUCCUGUUUGGCUUAGUUUGCAUGUGGUGUUGGAUCCUUGGGAAUUUGGGGCUAAGACCCCCAGGUCAGUGGUUUACUCUUCAAUCAUUCAAUUUGCAUAGUAUACCCCGUAGAUAAUUGAAAAAUUCCCUCUGAAUGGUGCUCUGUUGCCUGCCGCGUUUCUAGUACUGAAAGGCUCGGACCUUCAAAUUUCUCAAGGCUUGUUGCAUGAGACUGAACUUAAACUGCAUCAAGAAUAAUUCAUCACCACAUCAAUGCUAAUGGUAGGACAAAGCACGGCCACCACUAACCAGGAUUAAACAAAGCUGGGUCGAAGAAUCUUUGCCAUUUAAUUUUGGAUCUACAGCACAUAUGAAUAGCACUAGACAGCGUGCCCUUAAAAGCGGGGGUCAUGUUUUGGACUAUCUGAAGCGCAUGCAGGCAGAGAAUCCUGUUUUCUUUUAUGCAGUCCAGGGUGACAGUGAUCACUCGGGUGGGAAUAUAUUUUGGGCUGAUGCAACAUCUAGGAUGAACUACUCUUAUUUUGGGGAUGCCGUUAUAUUUGACACAACCUAUAGGACUAACCAGUAUCGAGUUCCAUUUGCCUCUUUCACUGGGGUUAAUCAUCAUGGGCAACCUGUGUUAUUUGGUUGUGCAUUGAUUGCGAAUGAAUCUGAGUCCUCAUUUGUAUGGUUAUUCAGGACUUGGCUCCAUGCCAUGUCUGGACGCCACCCUGUUUCCAUUACAACAGAUUUGGACCCAUUCAUACAAGUUGCUGUUGGCCUAGUUUUCCCUCCAACUCGCCUUCGGUUCUGUAAAUGGGGCAUAUUCCGAGAAACCCGAGGCAAACUGGCUCAUCUAUGUCAGUCACAUCCUGCUUUUGAAACUGAGUUCCGGGAAUGUCUUCUUGAGAGUGAGACCAUUGAUGAGUUUGAGUCUUGUUGGUACUCACUCUUGGAAAGAUACCAUGUCAUGGAUAAUGAGUGGCUUCAGUCAAUGUACAAUGCACGACAACAUUGGGUCCCUGUCUACCUGCAGGACACUUUCUUCGGGGAGGUAUCUUUAAAGGAGGGAAAUAAGUGUUUGAACCUUUUCUUUGAUGGAUAUGUAAAUGCAUCUACCACUUCACAGGUAUUGGUUAGACAAUAUGAGAAAGCAGUAUCAACUUGGCAUGAAAGAGAAUUAAAAGCAGAUUAUGAAACUACCAAUAGCAGCCCAGUUUUAAAAACACCAUCUCCAAUGGAAAAACAAGCUGCAAGUCUUUAUACUAGAAGGAUAUUCAUGAAAUUCCAAGAGGAGUUAGUAGAGACACUUGCAAAUCCUGCUACAAAAAUUGAUGAUUCGGGAACUACCACUACUUAUCGAGUUGCCAAAUUUGGGGAAAACAGAAAAUCUCAUGUUGUCACAUUCAAUUCUUUUGAGAUGAAAGCUAGUUGCAGCUGCCAGAUGUUUGAAUAUUCAGGAAUCAUUUGUAGGCAUGUAUUAGCAGUCUUCAGGGCUAAAAAUGUGCUUACGCUUCCAUCUCAGUAUGUGUUGAAACGAUGGACAAGGAAUGCAAAAACUGGUGUGUUGUUAGAUGGACAUGCAUCUGAAUUGCCUAGUAGUACUCGAGAGUCUGUAACAGUUCGCUACAACAAUCUGCGUCAAGAAGCAAUUAAAUAUGUGGAAGAAGGUGCAAAAUCGAUCCAAACCUAUCAUGUUGCAAUGAGAUCUUUGCAAGAAGCUGCUAAGAAGGUUUCUGCCUUAAGAAUUCAGAGUACUGGAGCAAUAGAAGGGGCUACAAUAGCCAAUGGAGAAAGGGGCGAGUUGCUUGCAGGAGAUGAAGUUUUUCCUAGCUAUCAAUCUGUGGCAGAUAAGCAAAAGAAAAUCCAAGAGUUGACUGGGGAGUUAGAGAUUACAAAUCAGCGAUGUGAAGUCUAUAGGGCAAACUUGCUGGCUGUGCUGAGGGAUAUGGAAGAACAGAAGUUAAAGCUAUCAGUGAAGGUCCAAAAUGCAAGACUUAGUUUGAAAGAGUGACUGCUUUGAUUGUUCCGUUUAAGGUGUGCUGACUGUCCAUUUUGGUUCCAAUUAGCUUAUAUUAAUAACCUUUGCGUUUCCUGUCAUGGUUAGAGUUUAUAUUUAAUAAUCGUGAUUAUCUCUUUUCUGAAGCUAUAAUCUGACUGAAUAUUUCAGUUUCUUGUCUUCGUGAUAAGUUAUUAUCUAUAAGAAAUUGUAUAAUUGAUUUGUUUGGCAUGCUAACAGCGAAUGGAAGUAAAAUUUAAGGAUCUUUAUAUGCUACAA